AUGUAUACUGUCAAACAUUUCGAAGAAAGGAUAAAGCCACUUCGUGGGUUUCACCCAAAAUUCUCUGAUUUAUGUAACACUGAAAUUAAUAAAAAAUUAUCCGCGGAGAUCAACAAUUACUAUACUGUGGAAAUCGCAUCGAUCAAUGCACGUAUUGAAAUUUUUAUCAUGGAGGCGCAAAGUAUUCUCUACAGGAUUAAUAAUAUCGAGCAAACCGUUAAUGAUCUCUAUGAAGAGGCACGGUUAGUUAAUCACUCGAGACUGCUCAAAGAGCAAAAUGAAAUGGAAACAAUUAACUCAGCCGUCAACUCUUCGGCUAAUGUAUCUUUUGAAACCAUUUCGUGUAGUAUUUGGACUCGUUUUAAACACAUUACUGAUAGAAUCAUGACCAAAAAAAAAUUAACCUUAGAUGAAGUAUGCAAUAGAAUAGCAAUUGAAAUUAGUGAUUAUGGCAUAGGAAAGAUUUGUGCGCAAACAGUGAAAAAUUUUUAUCAUAAGAAUAAUUCUCAUAGUAAAACAUUAGAUAAAAUUAGUGUGUGA